AAUUGCAGUCUGGCAGAAUUGAAUGCGUCACCUUAUGGCAGUUGUUCUCAGCUAUAAAAGCAGUGGAGCAGUGGCUGAAAAUCCACAGAACACGCUCGACUCCAGUGAGAGGUACACAUACAGUAAUCGACGCAGUCAACAAAUGGAAAGUAAAAUAUUUAUCACCCUAUUGCUGGUGGGGUUGGCAGUCCAGUCGCUGGCUAAGCCCAAAGGAAAGUCGAGUAAAUUGCCUGAGUUUCUCAAGGUUUGCUAUCGCGACUCCCCGGACUUGAAUGCGUGUGCUCGUUCAUCCUUUGAAUCGCUGGAGUCACGUCUAAUGGACGGUAUACCCGAACUAUAUAUACCACCUAUGGAGCCACUGCGUGUUCCCGAGAUUAAAAUGGAUCAGGAUUCCGGAGCCAUUUACUUGCAUUCGGUGUACAAAAAUGUGAAGAUAUCGGGCAUAUCGAAGCAUACUCUGCAYAAUCUGACCAUCGUUCCCAGCCAGUUGAAGUUCGCGCUAGGGAUUACCUUUCCCAAAUUAAAGCUGGAAUCGCAAUAUAGCAUAAAAGGCAAGAUCAUGAUGAUGCCAAUGCUGGGAGAUGGA